AGGAGGAGACAGAAGAUCUGAUUAACACCAGAGAGAGAGCAGACUCUCAUUCUGAAAGCGGGACGAGUCCUUCAGGAGAACCUGACCCAGAGACGUCCAAACCAGCGAGAGCACACCACUGCUCCCAGUGUGGAAAGAGAUUUAUCCGGUUAGGGCACCUGAAAGAACACAUGAAAACACAUACAGGGGAGAAGCCUUACCACUGCUCCCAGUGUGGAAAGGGUUUUGGACAGUCAGGGCAUCUGAAGGUGCAUGAAAGAAGACACACUGGAGAGAAGCCAUAUCAAUGCUCCCAGUGUGAAAAGAAAUGUUUCUCACCAGGGGACCUGAAGUCACAUGAGAGAACACACACACAGUCUUUAGAGAGGCCUUUUCAAUGCGCUCAGUGUGGAAAGAGAUUUAUCCAGUCAUCGCAUCUGAAAGAGCAUGAAAGAAUACACACAGGAGAGAAGCCGUAUCAAUGCUCUCAGUGUGGAAAGGGUUUUAGAUACUCAGGGCAUUUAAAAGUGCAUGAAAGAACACACACUGGAGAGAAGCCGUAUCAAUGCUCUCAGUGUCAAAAGGGUUUUUUCUCACCAGGGGACCUGAGAAAACACGAGAGAACACAUUUAGUAGAGAGGCCUUUCCAAUGCUCUCAAUGCGGAAAGAGAUUUAUGCAGUCAUCACAUCUGAAAAAACACAAGAGAAUACACACAGGCGAACAACCGUUCCAAUGCUCUCAUUGUGGAAAAAGUUUUACCCGUUUGGGGAACUUGAAAACGCAUGAGAUGACACACACAGGAGAGAAGCCUUUCCACUGCUCCUUCUGUGGAAAACGUUUUACCCAUUUAGGGAACCUGAAAAUGCAUGAGAUGACACACACAGGAAAUAAGCCUUAUCACUGCUCCCAGUGUGGAAAAGGUUUUGGACACUCAGGGCAUCUAAAAGUGCAUGAAAGAACACACACUGGAGAGAAGCCGUAUCAAUGCUCCCAAUGUGAAAGUAAAUUUUUCUCAUCAGGGGACCUGAAAUCACACGAGAGAACACACACUGUAGAGAGGCCUUUCCAAUGCUCUCAGUGUGGAAAGAGUUUUACCCGGUUAGGGAAUCUGAAUAUGCAUUUGAGAACACACACAGGGGAGAAGCCAUACCACUGUUCAGACUGUGGAAAGAGAUUUAUCCAGCUAGGGGACCUGAAAUCACAUGAGCGGACACACACAGGAGAUAAGCCUUUCCAAUGCUCUCAGUGUGGAAAAAGUUUUGCCUGGUUAGGGAACUUGAAAAUGCACGAGAGAAUACACACAGGAGAGAAGCCUUUCCACUGCUCCUUGUGCGGAAAGAGUUUUACCUUUUUAGGGACACUGAAAAAGCAUGAGAUGACACACACAGGAGAGAAGCCUUUCCAAUGCUCCCAAUGUGGAAAGAGUUUUACCCAGUUAGUGAACCUGAAAAGGCAUGAAGGAACACACACAGGAUAGAAUCCGUUCUCAGUGUGGAAAGAUAUUUUCCCAGUCAGAGGACAUGAAAUCACAUGAGAGAAUAGAGGCUGUGUUCUGACUUAUAGUUUUGACAAACUUUUUUGUGCUUUGGUUUAUGCCACAUUAAAUAAAAUUGUAAUGUAAGAAAAAUAAUAAUAAUUUGUUCUUAGUUCAUUUUUUCUCUCAAAACAUGUUCACAUCUAAAAUUAGAAUAGAUUUUGCAUGUAUUUGAUUAUCAUUACGAAUUGUUUUAUUGAUAAAUAUAAACCCUUAUGUGUUCAUUAUAUGAUUUGGAUAUAUUGUUAUUUAAAAAAAUAAAAUAAAAAUGAAUCAGUCAUG